AUGGAUGCGGCUGCUGCUUUUUUGCUUAGCAUCAUUUUCAUCCUUGCCUCCCCAAAUAUUGAAGCUGCACAGCAAUUUUCCGGAAUGUUUGUGUUCGGAGAUUCAUUAGUAGAUGAUGGAAAUAACAACUUGCUCGGUUCUUUAGCCAAAGCAAACUAUUUCCCUUACGGCAUCGAUUUUUAUGAGGGGCCAAGUGGUAGAUUUUGUAAUGGCAAAACUAUCAUUGAUUUUCUUGGGGAAUUGAUGGGUCUUCCUUAUCUUCCUGCCUUUGCAAGUACUUUCACAUCUGUAGGGAUUAACGUUGUUAAUGGAGUAAACUAUGCUUCGGCGGGUGCGGGGAUUCUUGAUGAGACUGGACUACAACUAGGAGAUCGGUUUAGUUUAAGCCAACAGGUGCAAAAUUUUGAGACCACCUUGAACCAACUAAAGAGCCAAAUGGACGAAAAGGAGUUGAGUCAAUAUUUGGCCAAGGCUUUAGCUGUGAUGAUCCUUGGCAGCAAUGACUACAUAAAUAAUUAUCUCUUGCCCUCACUUUACACCACAAGCUCCAAUUACACCCCUAAAGACUACGCUGAUCUUCUCAUAGGCCACUACACAAGCCACAUACUGGCACUACAAAGUUCUGGUCUCAGAAAGUUCUUGUUAGCAGGAGUUGGGCCACUUGGGUGCAUUCCUAACCAACUGGCCUCAGGUCGUGCCCCAGAGGGGGAAUGUGUAUCAUUUGUUAAUGACAUUGUCGAAAUAUUCAACACUCGACUAAGAUCUCUCGUCGAUCAAUUAACAAGAAGCCAUCCUGGGUCAAUUUUCGUUUAUGGAAACACUUAUGGAGUCUUCACUGACAUACUUAACAACCCUGAUAGUUUUGGAUUUAGUGUGGCCAACAAAGGAUGUUGUGGCAUUGGAAGGAACCAAGGGCAGAUAACUUGUCUUCCAAUGUCAAUCCCAUGCUUGAAGAGAGACCAAUAUGUCUUUUGGGAUGCCUUCCAUCCAACCGAAGCUGUGAAUCAGAUCAUUGCUCGAAGGGCUUAUGGUGGGCCUCCUUCAGAUUGCUACCCAAUCAACGUGAAGAAAAUGGCGGAAGUGUGAUUCUUGAACUAUAUAUAUAAUUAAUUAUAGCCUUAUAUGAAUAAUAAUCAUUAAUUGUAUACUUACCUACAUAAAUGUUUGUAAAGGUAUAUAUAUGUAGUA